AACUCAUGAACCGGAUGCAAUUCCGGUGGGCCAUGGUGUUAAAAAAAAGAGUAUACCAUUUAUCACAUGUAAACAUCAGAUGGUUGUGUUUUCUUUCUUUUUCUUACGGUGAAGAUUGCAAUUGGGCCGGUGUGCCCAUUUAACAUCUCAAAAGGGUCUAUCACUAAAUUCUAAAAUGUCUAUGGAAGAUCCAUUUUUCGUCGUGAAAGGGGAGGUCCAGAAGGCUGUGAACACCGCCGCCAGUCUGCACCAGAGAUGGAACGAGCUGCUCCAGAAUCCCGGCAGCUCCACCACAGAGGAGGUGGACUGGACCACCAACGAGUUGAGGAACAGCCUGAGAUCCAUCGAGUGGGACCUAGAGGAUCUGGAUGAGACUAUCAGUAUCGUUGAGUCCAACCCGAGGAAGUUUAACUUGGAUGCAGUAGAACUUGGUAAACGUAAAGCAUUUAUCACAAGCACCAGGCAGACGGUCAAGGACAUGAAAGAUCACAUGGUCAGUCCAAUGGCUCAAGUGACUGAAAAGAAAAAUCGUCAGACUCUGCUCGGUGGCAGUGGGUCCCAGGGGCCGAUCUGGCAGCCUGGAGGAGACAAGUACACCCCUCUGGACCAGGAGCUGCAGUCGGCCAACUCUCACUUCAUGGAGGAGCAGCAGGUCCAACAGCAGUUCAUAUCCGAGAAGCAGGAUGAGCAACUAGAGCUUGUGUCCGGGACCAUCGGUGUCCUGAAGAACAUGUCUGAGAGGAUUGGCUUGGAGCUGGACGAACAGGCAGUCAUGUUGGAUGACUUCUCCCAUGAAAUGGACAGCACCCACUCCAGACUGGACAAUGUUAUGAAGAAGUUGGCAAAGGUCUCCCACAUGUCUAGUGAUCGACGUCAGUGGUGUGCCAUCGGUGUGCUGUUGGGGAUUAUCUUCGUUGUCAUCAUCCUCAUCAUCGUUCUGUGAUCUUGACCAACUGCACUACCACCACUCCCGGUCCUUGCCCCUUCCUCUGCACAGCUGUAACGGGAGUUACUGAUCUAUGGUGCUGUGGAAAACUCUUUUUCAAAUGGACACAGCUCUCUCUCUCCACCUUUAUGCUGUUGCCUUGAAGUUGCACCUUGUCAUAGAGCCAUCACUACAUCCCUGUCCAUGAAUUAGACUCUUAAUGGCUCUGUCAAAAUGAACUGCUUUAAGCUGGUUUGAGGUAAUUCCACGGACUUGCCUCGACAAUGGUAUUGGGAGCACACUCAUCACCCAGAGGAAUACAGGAAGUAUUUAAAGAGGCUUGUGGUUGAUGUGAGGAACGUCACUUUAUUUCUGUAUUCUUUUAGUACUUUAAGUAAUCAACACUACAUCUAUAAUUACUGUUCCUUUGUUACUGACCCGUCUAGGGCUUCAUAAACCGUUGACUUCUCUGUAUCCUUUUGCUAUAUUGCUAUUUGCAUAUAACUACUUAAAGUAACAAGCCAGCACACUGGAUUUAUGAUGACCAGGGAAUAAUAUUCUUAGUGGGUAUUUUACAGACCUCACUUGCAUUUUAACACUUAAGUUGUCAUUGUUAUUGUUUUUUUCUACUUUCUGUUUGUUUGCUAACUAUGAGAAACUAAUGCAGUACAGAUUUAAGAUAACGGCAGACUUGGGGAACACUGAUGCAAUGAUGCUAAGAAUUCAAUUCUGGACACCA